GGCGUGUCCGUUAAGUCAUAGGAGAGGACGAAGUCUGCGGAGUGGUCUGCCGGCUCUGCCCGUUGGACGUUAGACUCACUGUGGAAGGAGGCUGAGCUGACCGACCGUCUCGAUUCUUUGGUCGGACUAGAGUUUCCGCAGUAGACCAUGAAGUUCUUGUGGGCCGUCACCGCCCUCCUUCUGGGCUGUUGUCGCGCUAACGCCGCCACAGCGGGUUUUAUCCGAUCCCCCCUGUCUCAAAUGAAACUGAUCGAUGCCAGUGCAGAGCUGCAUUGUGAGGUGAUAGGGUACCCCAUACCAGAAGUUCAGUGGUGGUUUGUUGAAGGGGAAGAGUCCAACGAGACUUUCACCCAGCUGUUUGAUGGGGCUCAUAACAACCGUGUAAAAAUCAACGCCACAUAUAUCGAACACGCCGCAAGCACCAUUCACCUCACCAGACUUUCCCUUGAGGACACGGGCACGUACGAGUGUCGUGCCUCCAACGACCCCGACCGCAAUGAUCUGAAGAAGACUCCAAAAAUCAAGUGGAUCCGCUCGCAGGCAAACAUUAUUGUGAUUGAAAAGCCACGUAUCUUGAAAUCUCCUGAUGUGGUCAACCAGACUUCUGCCAGUCUCAGCUGCAACUUGACCAGCACUAGCCUCCAAAGUUCUGGAUCCUUCUGGACGCACAACGGCAAACUCAUUGAUGGUUCAAAGUCUGCUUCUGCUACUAAUUAUGCAGUUCAUCGUUUGGACAAGAUCUCUCAUGCUCAGACUGGAAUGUAUGAAUGUGUGUUCGAGACUGAACCUCAGGUGAAAGAUGUGAUUGAGGUCAAAAAUGCCCCACAUGUGUCUGCCUACAAACACUCGGAACACGGCAGUGAGAAUGACAAGGGGGUGAUGACCUGUGUGGGUCAUGGUUACCCGCUGCCCACUGAUUGGGUCUGGUUCAAACAAGAGGAUGGCGAGCAGACGUUGAUUAGCAACGGCACCAGUGACAGAUACGAGAUAAAGAGCACCCCCAACAAGACGGUGCUGACCAUCAAUGAUCUGAACAUCGAGACGGACAUUGGAAACUACAUCUGUGCUGGAACCAAUGAAGUCGGCACGAACACGGACAAAAUCUACCUGCGUGUGCGCAGUCGCCUGGCUGCUCUGUGGCCCUUCCUCGGGAUUGUUGCUGAGGUCAUCAUCCUCGUGACCAUCAUCUUCAUUUAUGAGAAAAGGAGAAAGCCCGAUGAGGUUAAUGAUGACGAUGACUCAGGAGCUGCUCCCCUGAAAAGCAAUUCCAAUGCCAACCACAAAGACAAGAACGUGCGGCAAAGAAACUCCAACUAAGAAGACGGAGCUGCAGUCACAGCAAGGAGUCGCCUUCUGUGGCAUUAACAUGUGCUCGCUGCUCAUGUUAAUGCGAGUACCCGGAGGUUGGAUGUUCAUGUUGGAGAAUCCUUUUUUUAGUUUUUAUUAUUUUAACCACAUUGUGAAAAUAAUGUGACUUUCUGCUUCAGGCUGUUUGGCAAAUAUUGCAUGAAUCGAAACGCCAUGUCACGUGUAAAAAUCAUUAAGAUUCGGGUUUGAGGAGUGCUUAGUUUGUGAUGCUUUUAUUGUGGUGGAUCCUGAACUAUCUCCGCCGUUGCUUUUUAGCGUCGCUCAUUUCCUGCCUGGAAAAGUCCUCGGAGAGAUUACGAAACUUUUGUAAGAAUAUUAAUUGCUCUGUCGUAGUUCAACACUGCCAGUCCAGCAGGAAGUGGUGGAGAGUAUUUUAUUUAGCAUGAGAUGUAACCCGGAGCCACUGCGGACUUCCUGUAGUAAAACGUUAUUUUGCCUUAACAAGCGCUGUGUGGUUUAGUUUGGUAACCUGUUACCUGGUAAAGGUUUCACUUUAUUCAGAUGCUGCAAUCACUGACAUUUGGGUUUUGAGUUUUUUUUUCAGGAAAAGGAAUUUUCUAAUCGUUUUUCUUUUUACAAUAAACUCCUUUUUUUUGUUUUGUUUUUUUCUUUUCUCUGAUUUGCGUCAAUAAACGACUACGGACCAAGAGGUGGAUCUGUUGCUUCUGUAGACGUGUGUGAAGCCGCAGAGAACUGAAACGUUUGAUGUUUUAAACCCGUCUGUUCUAUUCACUGUAGAUAUUUGGAAGCCAUAUAUUCCAUUUGAACUAAUGAGUGUUGUAAUUGAUGUUAGAAGAGCAGCCGUGAAAAUUGUUGUACCUUCAUCUACUGUACAACCUUCACAAACUGAAAUAAAGGUAUUAACGGAAACUC